CCGCCUGCCGUCAGCGAAAUUUUUUACGUGGUCAAGAAUUCCUGCGGCUGCUGAUAAAAACUUCACCUCCCACCACCAGACAAUCAACGUGCACCAUCACCCCACGAACAAACCCAACUCCAAACGCACCCUUUAUUCCUAGAUUCAGUUCUACUCUUGCGUUUCGCCAAGAGUAUCGAAUCUAGUUGAGCAUUUAAUUCUUAGACUUCGAUUCGUCGACCUUUUCGCAAAACUCUCCAACCGAGACGUUUGCGAAUUUUCCAACCCCUCGCCAAACCCCACCUUCGCGACGAUAUUUCUAGAUCCCAAGCUGUGCUUGUGAUCUAGAUUUCUUCCACAACCACAACCGCAAUCAUGGCUGACAAGGGUCUUGAGGAUGUGCCUGAGGGCCAGAUCGAGUCGAACUACGAUGAGACCGUCGACUCUUUUGAUGACAUGAACCUGAAGUCGGAGCUCCUCCGUGGUGUCUACGCCUACGGUUUCGAGCGUCCCUCCGCCAUCCAGCAGCGUGCCAUCAUGCCCGUCAUCAAGGGCCACGAUGUCAUUGCCCAGGCUCAGUCCGGUACUGGCAAGACCGCCACGUUCUCCAUCUCUGUCCUCCAGAAGAUCGACACCAACGUCAAGGCCUGCCAGGCUCUGAUCCUCGCCCCCACCCGUGAGCUUGCUCAGCAGAUUCAGAAGGUCGUCGUCGCCAUCGGCGACUUCAUGAACAUUGAGUGCCACGCCUGUAUCGGCGGCACCAGCGUCCGCGACGACAUGAAGGCCCUGCAAGACGGUCCCCAGGUCGUUGUCGGUACCCCUGGCCGUGUUCACGACAUGAUCCAGCGCCGCUUCCUCAAGACCGACAGCAUGAAGAUGUUCGUUCUUGAUGAGGCCGACGAGAUGCUUUCUCGUGGUUUCACCGAGCAGAUCUACGACAUCUUCCAGCUGCUCCCCCAGAGCACCCAGGUCGUCCUUCUGUCCGCCACCAUGCCCCAAGACGUCCUUGAGGUCACCACCAAGUUCAUGCGCGACCCCGUCCGCAUUCUCGUCAAGAAGGACGAGCUUACCCUCGAGGGUAUCAAGCAGUUCUACAUCGCCGUCGAGAAGGAAGAGUGGAAGCUUGACACUCUCUCCGACCUGUACGAGACUGUCACCAUCACUCAGGCCGUCAUCUUCUGCAACACCCGCAGAAAGGUUGACUGGCUCACCGACAAGCUCACUGCCCGUGACUUUACUGUCUCCGCCAUGCACGGUGACAUGGACCAGGCUCAGCGUGACCUGAUUAUGAAGGAGUUCCGUUCCGGAUCUUCCCGUGUUCUGAUCGCCACCGACCUCCUGGCCCGUGGUAUCGACGUCCAGCAGGUCUCUCUGGUCAUCAACUACGACCUUCCCGCCAACCGCGAGAACUACAUCCACCGUAUCGGUCGUGGUGGUCGUUUCGGUCGUAAGGGUGUUGCCAUCAACUUCGUUACCGCCGAGGAUGUCCGCAUGAUGAGAGAGAUUGAGCAGUUCUACAGCACCCAGAUCGAGGAGAUGCCCAUGAACGUUGCCGACCUUAUCUAAGUAACGCCUCUCACGGACACACGCAUUCUCCCUCUCCUUUUGUCACGGAACAAGCCCCCUUGGUCUGCUAAGAUCGAUCACGCACCGGAUCUGGCAAGACUGUCGGGGGAGUUUUUUUACUCGAGAUUCAUCAGGGCUUGUUGGUUGAUAGAUCGCGGGAAGGCUACCUGGCGAGCUACCGGGCGUGAACGGCCUCACCAUCCCGUUUGGUUGACUGCUGGACACGCCCCGGCUCAUGGGUGGGAUUGAAAAACUGGCUUGCAUGCGGAAGGGGCUUACGAGUCUUUUGGCACCUUAAUACCAACGAAGGUGCGGCGGACUGGUACCUAAAAGAAUCAUUGGCAAAGGUUCUAGUUUUUGACUUUCAGUUUUCUAGUCUCUCUGUACGUAGGGGCCACGUUACGAUGAAUCUGCUCUUUUAACAAAAAUAACUCCCGCGUCCAGGAUUUU